UCCUACACCAGCCAAGUCAUCUCACACAAGUGCCUCCUUCCCCCCUCCUCCACUCCACCCCUUCUCUCUCCCCCCUCCAUUAUACCAGAGCACUGAGGCUGUGAUGCAGGCAGCAGGAUUUGGCAUCCCCCUCUGACCAGUGAUGGACCCCAUAACCCUGCAGUCUGCUCCUUGCACCUAUGACAUGUACCCCAGGUAGUCUCCAUCCUUCCUGAAGAGCCUGAGGACCUCCUUGUGGAUUGGGUGUCUUUGUGAAGCCCCCCUGAGCCAAGCUCCACCAUGUCCUUAGCAUUCUGUGGCAAUGACAAUACUUCUCUUGCAUACAAUGUGGAUAAAGGGGUCCUCAACAAUGGGUGCUUCGUGGAUGCUCUCAAUGUGGUACCCCAUGUGUUCCUGCUAUUUAUAACCUUCCCCAUAUUAUUUAUAGGAUGGGGGAGUCAGAGUUCCAAGGUGCACAUCCAUCACAGUACGUGGCUCCAUUUCCCUGGACACAACCUGCGCUGGAUCUUGACUUUCAUCCUCCUGUUUGUGCUGGUGUGUGAAAUCGCAGAGGGCAUAGUGUCAGACGGGUUUUCCAAGACCCAUCACUUGCACCUCUACAUGCCGGCUGUCAUGGCGUUCCUCGCCGCCGUAACGUCUAUCGUCUACUACCAUAACAUCGAAACGUCAAAUUUUCCAAAGUUAUUAAUAGCCUUGUUGGUGUAUUGGAUGCUAACGUUUAUAACCAAAACCAUCAAAUUCUUCAAGUUUUGUGAUAACGGCGUUGGAUUUAACCAGCUGCGGUUCUGUCUCACCGGACUGUUGGCCAUUCUUUACGGAAUGUUGUUAGCCGUUGAAAUUAAUGUCAUCAGGUUAAGAAGAUAUGUCUUCUAUAAAUACCCCAAGGAGGUGAAACCCCCCGAGGAUCUGCAGGACCUGGGAGUUCGCUUCCUUCAACCCUUCGUCAAUCUCCUUUCGAAAGGAACCUAUUGGUGGAUGAAUACGUUCAUAAAGACGGCUCACAAGAAGCCGAUCGACUUAAAAGCGAUAGGAAAGCUCCCCAUCGCAAUGCGAGCCAUCACCAAUUAUAUCCUGCUUAACGAGGCGUUCGAGGCUCAAAAGAGCAAGUCGUCUCCAUGCCCCGGGGGGUCCAAGUCAAUCUGGUAUGCCCUGUGCCAAGCUUUUGGGAGACCCCUUAUCCUUAGUAGCAUAUUCCGGAUUCUCGCCGACAUCCUGGGGUUCGCUGGCCCCCUUUGUAUCUCUGGAAUCGUCCACCACAUCAGCCUGGAGAAUAAGACUUUCCACCCACGGGUCAUAUUUUUUGGCGUUUCCUUCAUUUCAUCCCAGGAGUUCCUGGCCAACGCGUACGUCCUGGCGGUCCUGCUGUUUUUCGCCCUCCUGUUACAGCGGACGUUUCUGCAGGCCUCGUAUUACGUCGCCAUCGAAACGGGGAUUAAUCUGCGUGGAGCGAUACAGACCAAAAUAUACAGCAAGAUUAUGCAUCUCUCGACUUCCAACAUGUCUAUGGGGGAGAUGACUUCUGGGCAGAUUUGUAACCUCGUCGCAAUCGAUACCAACCAAAUGAUGUGGUUUUUCUUCCUGUGUCCGAAUCUGUGGGCCAUGCCGGUGCAGAUCAUUAUAGGAGUAAUCCUCCUUUAUUAUAUUCUGGGAAUCAGUGCCUUUAUCGGUGCGGCGGUCAUCAUUGUGCUCGCGCCCGUUCAGUAUUUUGUAGCCACAAAACUUUCGCAAGCCCAGAGAAGCACGCUGGAAUAUUCCAACGAGCGACUUAAGAAAACGAAUGAGAUGCUUCGUGGGAUUAAGCUCCUGAAAUUGUAUUCUUGGGAGCACAUAUUCCACGGCAGCGUGGAGGAAACCCGGCAGAAGGAAAUGACCAGCCUGAAAGCGUUUGCGCUCUACACCUCCAUAUCCAUUUUCAUGAAUGCCGCCAUCCCGAUGGCCGCGGUGCUUAUCACGUUUGUGGUCCACGUGCACCUCCUCAGCCACGAUGACUUCUCGCCGGCCGUGGCUUUCGCAUCGCUGUCUCUGUUUCACAUCCUGGUGACGCCGUUGUUUCUCUUGUCCAGCGUGGUGAGGUCCACGGUCAAGGCUUUGGUGAGCGUCCAGAAACUCAGCGAGUUCUUCUCAAGUGAAGAAAUUGGAGAAGAAACCGACAAGUGCCAGCCGUCCAUUAAAGCGGGGAUUCCGAACAAAUACCAGGCCGUGCCCCUCAAAGUUGUUAAUCGCAAGCGACCGGUCCGGGAAGAUUGGAACCGAUUCGGCUGCCACCAGCAAGGAGCAAAUAACGGCUCGGAAGGAAAUGAGUUUUGUAUCAAGAUCACCAACGGGUUCUUUACCUGGACCCCCGAUGGAUCACCCACCUUGUCAAACAUCGACAUCAGAAUCCCACAAGGUCAACUGACGAUGAUCGUGGGGCAAGUUGGCUGCGGAAAAUCCUCCCUGUUACUGGCAACUCUCGGUGAGAUGCAGAAGAUUUCUGGUGACGUGUACUGGAACAGCAGCGUGCCUGAUAGCGAGACAGGAGAAGAUGUCAGCCCGGAAAAGGAAACUGCUGUUGACGCAGAAAUUAGGAGAAGGGGAGCCGUCGCUUACGCCUCCCAGAAGCCCUGGCUCCUAAACGCCACCGUGGAGGAGAACAUUACGUUUGAAAGCUCUUUCAACAAACAGAAAUACAAAGCCAUCAUAGACGCCUGUUCCCUUCAACCCGAUAUCGACAUUCUCCCCCAUGGUGACCAAACCCAGAUUGGAGAAAGGGGAAUUAACCUAUCAGGAGGACAGCGGCAGCGGAUCAGCGUCGCCAGAGCCCUUUACCAACAAACCAGCGUCGUAUUUCUGGAUGACCCUUUUUCCGCUCUGGACAUUCAUCUGAGUGACCACCUAAUGCAGGAGGGGAUUCUUAAAAUGCUAAGAGAUAAUAAGAGGACCACGGUGUUGGUAACCCACAAACUGCAGUACCUUCCACACGCCGACUGGAUUAUAGCCAUGAAAGAUGGAACCAUUCAACGGGAAGGAACCCUCAAAGACAUCCAGAUAUCAGACCCUGAGCUUUAUGAACAUUGGAAGACCCUCAUGAAUCGCCAGGAUCAAGAGUUAGAGAAGGAGAUUAUUAUAGACAGCAAGACAACAGGGGAGAGGAAAAAUAUAAAGAGGUCCAUGUAUUCUAGAGAUGCGUUUUUAGGAGAUGACGAGGAAGACGAAGUAGAAGAGCUAUCUGAAAGUGAUGAUGAUGACGACAAUCUCUCGUCCCUGUCACAUCAACGGGCUAAACUGCCGUGGAAGGCGUGUGGAAAGUACCUGAGCUCCGCCGGCUUCCUGUUGCUGCCUCUUCUCGUCUUCUCUCAGUUUCUGAAGCAUUCUGUCAUGGUGGCCAUCGACUUCUGGCUGGCCAAGUGGACAUCGGACGCCAUUGGGAACGCAUCGGCCACGAACUGCGUCAGAGGACAGGACUGCCGGUUUGACCAUUCCUCAUACUCUAUGGUUUUCAGCAUCCUGUCCUGUUUUGGGAUUAUUAUGUGCCUGGCCUCGUCCAUCGCCGUGGAAUGGACCGGAUUGAGAGUCGCUAAAAAGUUACACACGAGCCUCCUGAACGCCAUCAUUCUCGCACCCAUGAGGUUCUUUGAAACGACGCCCCUCGGUAGCAUUCUGAACAGAUUCUCCGCGGACUUUAAUACGAUCGAUCAGCAUAUGCCGGCCACACUGGAGUGUCUAAGCAGGUCAACCCUGCUGUGCGUCUCUGCCUUGGCCGUGAUCUCGUUCGUGACCCCGAUAUUCAUGAUCUCCCUGGUGCCCCUCGCCAUCAUAUGUUACUUUAUUCAGAAGUACUUCCGAGUGGCUUCCAGAGACCUGCAGCAGCUGGAGGACAGCACACAACUGCCGCUGCUGUCACAUUUUUCGGAAACGGUGGAAGGACUGACGACCAUACGAGCGUUCAGAUAUGAAGGACGAUUCCAGCAAAAACUUCUUGAAUUAACGGAUUCCAACAACAUCGCGUCUCUGUUCCUCACCGCGGCCAAUCGGUGGCUGGAAGUCCGUAUGGAAUAUAUCGGCGCCUGCGUGGUGCUUGUUGCUGCCGUUGCUUCCAUCAUGGAUUCCUUGGCUAACGAGCUGUCUCCGGGGCUGGUGGGAUUGGGACUAAUUUACGCACUUAUGGUGUCUAACUAUCUGAACUGGAUGGUGCGGAAUUUGUCGGAUAUGGAAAUCCAGCUGGGGGCCGUGAAAAGAAUUAACGGCCUCUUGAAAACGGAACCCGAAAAUUACAAGGGGCUUUUAUCUCCAUCACAAAUUCCCCAGAACUGGCCAGAGAGCGGCGAGAUCCAGAUCCAGAACCUGAGCGUCCGCUACGACAGCACCCUGAAACCGGUGUUAAAGCACGUCAACGCUCAUAUAACCCCGGGGCAGAAGAUCGGUAUUUGCGGGAGGACCGGCAGUGGGAAAUCCUCGUUCUCCUUGGCGUUUUUUAGGAUGGUGGAUACAUUCCAAGGCAGAAUAAUCAUCGAUGGGAUAGACAUCGCCAAAUUACCACUGCAGACGCUAAGAUCCAGACUUUCCAUUAUCCUGCAAGAUCCAAUAUUAUUCAGCGGGACGAUCAGAUUUAAUUUGGACCCGGAGAAUAAGUGCACGGACAGCAUGUUGUGGGAAGCUUUGGAAAUCGCGCAGCUCAAGCCCGUUGUGAAAGCCUUGCCCGGGGGGAUAGACGCCUCAGUGACGGAAGGCGGCGAGAACUUCAGCGUGGGUCAGAGGCAGCUCUUCUGCUUGGCCAGGGCUUUCGUUCGGAAGAGCAGCAUCUUGAUCAUGGAUGAAGCCACCGCCUCCAUAGACAUGGCCACUGAAAAUAUCUUACAGCGAGUGGUAAUGACAGCCUUCGACGAUCGAACGGUGGUCACUAUAGCGCACCGGGUUCACACCAUUCUGAAUGCCGACAUGGUGAUCGUCAUGAAGAGAGGCGCUAUCAUGGAGUACGACAAACCCGAGCUUCUGUUGGAACAGGAGAACAGCAUGUUUGCAUCUUACGUCCAAGCCGAUAAAUAAUCGCCCAUAUAAACCUUUCAAAGUGCAAUUCACCAAUCAAUUAGUUUUUUUUUCUAAUAGUGUAAAUAAUAUGUAAAUAAAAAAGAAUCUCCAUUGUUUCCUAA